CGAGAAAAAAAUGCAGUCAUGUUCAAGACGACCCAAAAAGAAAAAAAGAAAAAAAGAAGAAGAAAUGCAACCACGUUCAUACUCAUCCUUCGAUACCCAUCUACACCAUGCAAACGGUCCUCCUACCAAGCAGUAUUUGUUCAGAAAUCGACACCUUAAACCGUAAGUUUCUCUGGGCUGUCGAUAUGCAAUCAAACAAACCACAUCUUGUUAAUUGGAAUGAUGUGUGCUUGCCUAAGAAAUAUGGAGGCAUGGGAUUGAAGUCUGCAAGAGACUACAACAAAGCUUUGAUUGCAAAGUUGGGUUGGCACAUGCUUUCUGGAAGCAACAAACUAUGGUGCCAGGCUUUCACCUAUAAAUAUCUCCAUUCAAAUAGCUUCUUGAACUGCAACCCCACCCCAUCUUCCUCUGUCACCUGGCGAAGUAUUUUGAAAUGCAGGGACAUGCUCCGCUUAGGCAUACAAUGGCGAGUCGGCUCUGGUACGCAAAUCCAACUAUGGCAUGAUGUUUGGGCAGGAAAUUCGAAGCUCCUUGACGUUGCAUUAUCUCCAAUUCCUCAUCAUCUCCUUGACUUACCAGUGGCUGCUAUCAUCAACAAUUCAAAAUGGGAUUUGGAGCAAUUGACAGGACUCCUCCCAGACCACAUACUUCAGACUAUUGCAGCUAUCCCUCUACCUAUUGCAGGCCAUCUAGAAGAUUCUAUCUACUGGUAUAAUUCAUCCCAAGGUGACUUUUCAGUAAAAUCUGUCAUCCAACUCCUCCAGCAAUCACGCUUACCUGACAUCCCUGAAGUAGGAGAAUGGGCAUGGAUAUGGCAAUUAUGUUGCCCAGAACGAGUUAAGCUUUUUGUGUGGUUAUUGAAAAAAGAAAGAAUUCUUACGAACUCAGUCCGUUUUGCUAGACAUAUGGCUCCUACUCCAGUUUGCCCCCGUUGCGAGCAGUCACCUGAAACCCCAUUGCACCUCCUACGAGAUUGCUACUACUCACGGCUUGUUUGGGAUGCUACUAACUUUCUACCUGGAGAUUUCUUCCAGCUUGAUUUUGCCCCUUGGUUGAGGAAAAAUUCUUCAAAAUCAAGAAUGGGACCACGUGCUUCCGACUCAUGGUCGAGUAUUUUCCUUGCGACCAUCUGGUAUUUAUGGAAAAGUAGGAACAAACUGAUAUUUGAGGAGCAAAGGGUCUCACCACUAGCUAUCGUCCAGCAAGCUAGCAAAUUAGCUUGGGAAAUCCAACUGGCGUUUGCGGCAAAGGCGACCCUCAUCUCAAAAGCCCCUAGAUGGGUCACCGCUGCGGGAGGGCUUCUUCGCGAUCACCUUGGGCACUGGUAUCAUGGUUUUGCCACAAAUGUGGGUAUCACUACAAGCUUCUUGGCUGAGUUAUGGGGAUGCAGAGAAGGCCUUAAGCUUGCUAUUUCCCUUGGAGUGCAGCAACUAAUUUUGGAAAUGGAUUCCUUACUGGCAGUCCAACAAAUCCAAUCCCGGAAGGUGUCUGCAGGUGCAGCAUCAGUUCUUCUUAAUGAUAUCUGCUUGCUACUUGACUCCUUUAGCUCUUGCUUGGUGCAGCACACUCUAAGGGAAGGUAACUAUGCUGCUGAUUUUAUGGCGUCUAUUGGGCAUACAAUCGAUUUGGAUACAACCUUCUUCCCAACGCCCCCAACGGGUAUUAGCAUGAUCCUGCAAAGUGAUUGUAUUGGGGCCAUGUCCCUUAGAUAUUAAGCUCAAAUAGCCUCUUAUGUACCAAAAAAAAAAAAUCAAGCUAUCUAAUUCGA